CACUGCAGGCUCUGACUAGCAGGCUGCAGUAGCAGAAACACAGCACGCCCAUCAAAACCUCUGUACGUUCAACCAGCUAACAUUGAAGAAAAGGCAAGCACCAUAAUGGCAACACCUUCUUACCCACUGGACCCGGAUUUAAUGAGAGAGGUUCUCGAAUGCCCUAUAUGCCUGGAGACCUACAGCCAGGAUCAAAUGAGACCCAAACUCCUGCAGUGUGGUCACACAGUUUGCCGGCAGUGUCUAGAGAAGCUGCUGGCCAAUACUAUCAACGGUGUGCGCUGCCCAUUCUGCAGCAAAGUCUCCCGUAUGAGCAGUAUCUCCCAGCUGGCUGAUAAUCUCACUGUGCUCAAGAUCCUAGAUUGUACUACAUCUUGUAGUGCUGCUACUGCUGCCCUAAUGUGCAAGUCUUGCUGCAGCCGCCUACCACGACAGUACUGCCAUGACUGUUCCAUAGUUCUCUGUGAGCCCUGUAAAGGGGAGGGCCACCUUCAUCAAGGCCAUUCAGUCCACCCAAUUAGGGUGGCUGCUGAACAGCGUCGUAAAGAACUGGGUGGCAAGCUGACUGCUCUGCGUAAGGUUAUGGGUGAAAUUCAGAAGAAAAAGACAGCUAUCGAAAACAUUUCCAAGUCCUUGAGGCUAAAAUACCGGGCAGUGCAACAGGACUAUACUACAGCUGAACUACGUCUUCAAGAGGAACUCAGCAGGUAUCGACGGACUUUCACAGCUUCCAUGACAGAAGUGGAAAAGCUCAAUGGGCAGGUCCUGGAGGAGCAGACAUAUCUCCUUAACAUUGCAGAGGUAAAAGUGGUGUCACGCUGUGAUUAUUUAACAAUGCGGGUAAGGCAGAGUGAUGUUGCCUUGCUAAAGGACGAUGGUGGCAGCAGUGAUGAUGAAGAGCUGGAUCUAAGGAACAGCUUGCCCACCAUGUUUCAGCUGCAAGAGCCAGAGCUGGUCAGAACAGAGCAUUCUAAACCUGUAGAAGUCGGCCAAUUGACCACAAACACUUAUACUGUCAAUACAGACGAUGACGAGAGUGGAUUGGAGAUUGCACUUGAGGGUGAUAUAGACAGUGUAGAUGGGGCAGUAGGCGCUACAGGUGGUGCAGUGGGAGCUCCAGUGGAUCUUUACCGAGAUAUUGACAUGGUUGCUGCUGUAGAGGAGGCGGUAUGUGGUUCACCUGGCAACUUUAAGUCAAAGUCUGUGGAUGCAGGGGGUGGAUCACCUGGAGGAGCUGGGGCGAGUGCAGGGCCCCCAGUCUGCCAGUUUGUUAAAAAAAUGGGCUGUAAGGGAAAUCUACCUGGCAUGUUCAACUUACCAGUCAGCAUUUGUGUAACAGCACAAGGUGAGGUCUUGGUGGCUGACCGUGGCAACUACCGCAUCCAGAUCUUUAAUCGCAAAGGCUUCCAACAUGAAAUCCGCCGCAAUGCCAGUAGCAUUGACAAUUUUGUCCUGAGCUUCCUUGGGGCUGACCUGCCCAACCUCAUCCCCUUAUCCAUUGCCGUCACUCCUCAAGGUUUGAUUGGGGUCACUGACAACUAUGAUAACUCAGUUAAAGUCUACACUAUGGAUGGGCACUGCGUGGCUUGCCACAAGAACCAACUGAUUAAACCAUGGGGCAUUACUGCCAUGCCAUCAGGCCAGUUUGUGGUGUCAGAUGUGGAAGGCGGCAAGCUUUGGUGUCUAGCAGUGGACCGCAAUGUAGGUGUGGUCAGCUACAAUCGACUGUGCUCUGCUGUGCGGCCAAAGUUUGUGACAUGUGACACAGCUGGAACAGUCUAUUUCACCCAAGGCCUGGCCCUGAAUUUUGAGAAACGCCACAAUGAGCCCCACCUGGAGGGUGGUUUCUCCAUCGGCUCAGUGGGUACUGACGGCCAGCUGGGCAAGCAGCUCAGCCAUUUCUUCGCAGAGACAGAGGACUUCCGCUGUAUCACUGGCAUGUGUGUGGAUGCCAAUGGGGAUUUGCUGGUAACAGACAGCGGGAGAAAAGAAAUCCUCCAGUUUCCCAAGGAGGGUGGAUUCAAAAUUCUCAUCCAGGAAGGGCUUACCUGCCCUGUAGGAGUGGCCACCACCCAGAAAGGGCAGCUGCUAGUUCUUGACUGUUGGGACCACUGUGUCAAAGUCUACACAUACAUUCAGAGGAGACAUUCCUCCACCUAAUAGAGGAACAAUCCAGUAUAACUGCACAUAAGUAUGAGAGGUUUAGUAGGUUUGUGUUGGUGGGUGUGUAUGGAAAUUUGGAGAAGGUAGAAACACUGUAAUCUGUCACUUCAAUUUGGCUGCAGUCCAAAUAAUUCUCACUCCAGCUUUCAUUAGUUUAUUAAAUGAAUGUUCUAAUCCUUAUGUUUCAGUUUAUGGCCUUCUGGAUUUUAGUUAUGUUACCUCAAAUUAAAAAUUGGCUUCUAAAUUUGUUUUUGAUUAUGAUUAUUUUAAUAGAUCACAACAAUAAAACUGAUCUUGCAACAAUUUACGUCAAAGAAUGCUGGCACAAGUUGCCACAUUAAAAUUAGCCAUUGAUGUCAAAGCUAAUGUAGGCACAAAAUACAGAGGAUUUCCCUUCCUCUUUUACUAGCUGCCAUAUCCAUCAUUCAGCCUGACUGUGUUUGAUGCACGGCUUUUCCUGAUUUGGCUCAGCUUUGCAACAGAAAAGAGGAGAGGAGGAAGAGCCAAAAAUUAACAUGUAUUUACAUAUGAAAUAAAGCAUACCAAGGCUUCUGGCCUGUGAAGCACUUUAUUGUUGACAUGUCACUGUUUCCUAGAGUUCCUAGGUGUUAUUAGCACAGACUAACAUUGAUGUUCCUGAAUGCAGCUGGCAGCUUUAAAGAUUACCGUGCAAUUGGCUAAUGGUACGUCAGUAACCCAAGUAUCAGCAUUCAUUGAAUUGUAUUCAGUAACAUUCAGGGAACAUACAGUAAGUGUAGAAUAUCAAGUUACCUACAGGAGAAAGGGUUGAACUACAAAAUCACAAGAUUAUGUGCUUUGAUGGAAAGCUGGGAGAUAUGAGGCAUGGUGAUGACAUUUACUGGGGUUUCUGUGGGUUUACAUUUUUUACUGACAUUGUCAGGAAAAAAAUACUUUUUUAUAGGUGUAAUGGCGAAAUAGGUGACACCUUUAGCUGUUAAAUAAGUAUUUAUUUUUGUUAAAGCUGCUUUGAGGGUAGCUGAGUUUAUAAAUGCAAACAUAAUUUGGGUUAUUGGUGUUUAAGUUGUUGACAUCAUAACAUUUAUUAUAAUUUUUUCCUGGAACUUAUCAAUACUGCCUAGCUAACCUGUGCACAUGCUCCUUUAUUCAACCUUAUCCUCCUUAUGCUCCUGACUUUCCAGCCACAGCCUCACUUAUGCCACUACUAGGCAGGCUGAGGCAGAAUUCUGCUCCAGGUCGUAUUCCAGCUGCUUUGCUCAGUUGUACAUUUCAGUGUAUUACUGUGAGUAAUUUUACUUACGAUCCACAACUGUCGUGUUGACUGUCCAGUCCUACUUGAAAACAUCCACAGUACCAUUAAUGUCGAUGAAAGUUUCAGUCCUACUUCUCAGACAGCUCUUUCCAUUAUUAACGAAGUAGCAAAGUUGUAAAGUCCUGCAGUAAAUGUCCUUUGUAACAGGCAAGGUCGCUUAUCUCUGUUCUUUCUCUUCCCUAUGGAAACUUUCAGAGUCAUCUUCAAAUUACUUUUCAUUGCUAUGCCAGUAUAAGAAACACAGGCACCCAGACCAUCAAAAAUGUUUACACAACCCUACCCAAACUCAAUAUUUAUUCCGCUUGUUUUUCUGCCCUACAAAGAGUGUGUAAGCACUUUUUGUAGGGAUCGCUGGCAGGAGUGUUUAGAAUAGUACUGCUAGGAUAAUAUUGAGUGAAAACUCCAGCAACACACAAGAAACCAGGCUCUGUUCACUGCGGUGUUCAGUGUUGCUGCGUCCCUCAGGUUUUUAUUCAGUACCAGACAACUUGCAACCAGAAUUCUCUUGCAUUGGUAGAUAGAAAGACAGCAGCCAUAUACAGGGUUUUCCUAGUUAGUGCUAGUGUUAGUCAACACAACAUUGGUCUGUAUCAGCAUGCAUUUUAUGUAUUAUUUUAUCACAUAGGUUUAUUGAAUUUUUGAGUCCAUGUAAAGCAUGAGAAAGAUGAUGCUUUCAGUUAAAAUAACAAAAGAAGACACUUUUGAUCAAAACAUUUUGUGGCCUAACUAUGGGGAAUCAAAUUAAUCAUUGAAAAACCCGCCCAUCAGUACUGUAUUAAACAUAUUCUGUUUCCAUAAAAUCAAAAAAAAUGCCUGCUCUGAGAGAAUACACAUCUUCCAAUCCAGGUUUAUCAUAAGAGCAUCUUGCAUAGUUUGAGCCUUAAAAAUAAAUACUUUCACAAAGCUGACCUUAACUCUGCACAUGGAGCCCUAUUAAACAUACAUAUCUGAGAAUCAAACUGUAUCAUAAGUAUUUUUAAUAUUUAUUGCUAAGAGAUAAGGUGAACAUAUUAAGCGUCAGAUGAAGUCUGUCAGUCAUUGUGCAUUAUUUAUUUCACAUGAUGUAUUUCUUUAUCUCAGCACUAAACCAAUAGAUUUUAAUAAUAGAUUCAGAUGCAUGUCAACUUUGCCAUCAACAUUGCUCUUUGUUUCAGUGCUUACACUUUACUCAACUGGUUACUAAUAGUAGUAAUUACUAGAGAAUAUUCAGUCUCUUGAGAAUAACAGAAAAAGGCAUACAAUGCUAGUAAAAUCAAGUGUCCUUGUGUCAGUGUGCUGAACAUAUCAGUGUGUCACAUUAUAUGAACAUGUUUCAUUUCGUUGGAGGAAAGUUAUGUCCUUGCAUUUUUCUUAGUUUAUUGAUUUAAUACUAUUAGACUACAUUAUUGCAAUAUGUCUAUAAACCAAACUCUUAUGUCCUUCAGGUGUUAUGUCCAUUGGAGGCUGUGGAUUU